AGUGUUUCUCAUUAUUUUGUUUAUGAAAGGUUUUUUUGAGAAAGCUUUUGUCUUGUAUUUAAACCAAAGCAAUGCCCUGCUGGUUUCUGUGUAGUCACCAAUGACUGCAGAAAUAACGAAUUAAAAGACUUGUAUUUUAUUUGGUUUUAACUUCAUUUGGAAAAAUUCCAGUUUUGGGAAUUAAUAAUUUCAGUUCGAUAUGUGAGGAAUAAUAAUUUGUGUUCAUUAUCCACUGCUGGAUGAAGGCUUCCUGAAGCCAUCUCUCAAGAGUUUCGCAAUGCAGGAAUCCUCGCCCCUGCACAUGAACUAAAUUCUUUGCACCGCUACUGUGGAGGACGCGUUCGCUCCUUUGGCUGCCGCUCUGUCGUUAGUCUCGACCAGCGGCCACCCUCCCUUGCAGUGAUGUUUCAAUACCCUGGGCAGUUGGUGAACACUCUUGGCAGAGAAUUACAAAUUUUUACUCCUAGUGUUGAUAUAAGGAGGCCUAUUCAAGUGACUUAUUAAGUAGUCCUAUGAUGUAUUCUUCUUGGGGAAUUCCAGAGUAGUGCAACUGCUCAUUCAUGGAAAUGUCUUCAUCACGUCGUCAUGUCGGUGAAAGAAGUUCAACAUACAUACAAAGAAGAAACACCAAUGUUGUGUGUAAUGAGAUUGGUGGUCGUGGCUUUUCUUGACCGAGUGUCUAGGAAAGCGUGUGUACCUGUGUGCGAGGCGUUAAUUUCGCGUUGCGUGGAGGUGAAUUUGCUACACCUUGCCCAAGUGUCGACUCGCCUCCCAAGUGCCCCAAAGGAACAUUCACACACUUUGUACUAAUUCUUACAGACUCACGUGAAAGGGUGCUCGCUGGCGCGCGUGCAUGCACGCACACACCGAAAACCAGUCAGCUCUGGUCCUACAGAGUGCAGGAGCUAUUGACUCUGUCCUGAGUGGCUUAAUCUCUUUUCAUGACACAGACCUAAUGUUGUUGUAAUAACUGGUUUAAACAUUACAUCCUUGUCCGUAAAGGAUUGGGACACGCCCUCCGGAGAUCACAAAACCCCAGCGGACGGCAGCCAGGCGCCACUCGGCGACUCCCGAGGGCAGGAGUAGUGGGGCUGUGGUGAGCGCAGUGAGCCAGAAAUAAUGCAUCUCUAUGAGCCAGAGUGCGCAUCAUAAUAUUUAGUGAACCAGAGCUAAGAAAAGUAAGCAGAGGUCAGCGAGCACGGUGAAUCGCAGUGACUCACUGCCCAAUGAGCCAGAAAGCAAGAUUUAACUUUGUGAACCAGUCUGGCAGUGAUAGUUUGUUGAGCCAGAGCGACACCUCGGUGAGCCAGUGACCCGUAGCUCGUUCAGCCAGUGACUAGCAUUGAACUUGGUGAGCCACACAAUCACGGUUGUAGUGAGCCAGUGACUCCCAGAUCGGUGAGACAGCAUAGACGAGCCAGAGAUAAGAAUAGUAAGCCAAGGUCAGUGAGCCGGUGGCUAUUUUGAAACCGGUGAGCCAGGGAGAGCACAGUGAGCGAGCGACUCGCUGUCGGAGUGCUACACGGAGCUCGUUGAGCCAGAGCGAGCGUAGCGAGUGCCUCGGUGAGCCGGAGCGAGCAAAAAGUUACUCGUAGAGCAAGUAAGAGGGGUGUGCGAGUCACAGUGGCACAGUGAGGGUCGGUGGGGGUGAGUGCAAGUGGUUCUGGCACGGCCUGGAGACCUGCGGUAUUGUGAGGAGUGACUUCUACGAUGACGUCCAUCAGCAAGAACCCCUCCAGCCAGAGCAACCACACAUCUCUCAAGCAGGACCCACAGGACCCACAGGAGGAUCACCGGGCUCGCUUCGACCGCAGCAGCCGACGGCCUCGCUCGCGGUCGCGCACGGACUCGUACGACAGCUUCGCCCUAGAUAGCUCGGAUGAGGAGGGGGUGUCGCCCCGGGAGACGGCGGGGGACGAUGAUUACUGCGUGAAGGAUGCGAGUCGCGCAGAGCUGGGCCGACGAGAAAUCAGCAUCGCGCAGCAGGACAUACCGGCGCUGAUGGCGCUGAGGAAGAGAGCGGCGCGGGACCGGCCUCUCGCCGGGGCGCGCAUCGUGGGCUGCACGCACGUCACGGCGCACACCGCGGUGCUGAUUGAGACGCUGUGCGACCUCGGAGCCGAGUGUCGCUGGGCGGCGUGCAACAUCUACUCCACGCACAACGACGUGGCCGCUGCACUGGCUGAGGCCGGGUGCUCGGUGUUCGCCUGGAAGGGCGAGUCAGAAGAGGACUUCUGGUGGUGCAUCGGGCGCUGCGUGUACUCAGACGGCUGGAAACCGAACAUGAUCCUGGACGACGGGGGGGACCUGACGCACUGGAUGUACCGCAAGCACCCCAACGUGUUCCGCCAACUCAAGGGCGUCGUGGAGGAGAGCGUCACCGGCGUGCACAGGCUGUACCAGCUGUCGAAGUCCGGCAAGCUGACCAUCCCGGCCAUCAACGUCAACGACUCCGUCACCAAGCACAAGUUCGACACGCUCUACACCUGCCGCGAGACCGUGCUCGACGGGCUGAAGCGCACGUGCGACGUGAUGCUGGGCGGGAUGCAGGCUGUCAUUUGUGGCUACGGAGAGGUCGGCAAGGGCUGCUGCGCUGCGCUCAAGGGCCUAUGCUCCAUCGUGUACGUCACCGAGGUCGACCCCAUCUGUGCUCUGCAGGCGUGCAUGGACGGUUUCCGAGUGGUGAAGCUGGGCGAGGUGGUGAGUCUGGUGGACAUGAUCAUCACCUGCACCGGGAACAAGCACGUGGUGCGGCGUGAACACAUGGAGCGGCUCAAGGGAGGAGCGAUCGUGUGCAACAUGGGACACUCCAACACCGAGAUCGAUGUGGCCAGCCUGCACACCACUGAGCUCACGUGGGAGCGAGUUCGCCCUCAGGUCGACCACAUCAUCUGGCCAGACGGCAAACGCAUCACCCUGCUGGCCGAGGGCCGGCUGCUGAACCUGAGCUGUGCCAGCGUGCCGACAUGCGUGCUGUCCGUCACCGCCACCACGCAGGCCUUGGCUCUCAUUGAGCUGUACAACGCGCCCGAGGGCCGGUACAAGCACGAUGUCUACCUCCUGCCCAAGAAGCUCGAUGAGUACGUGGCCAGCCUCCACUUGCCGUCCUUCGGUGCGAGCCUCACCGAGCUGUCUGACGAGCAAGCGCGCUACCUGGGCAUCAAAAAGGACGGCCCCUUCAAGGCAAACUACUACCGGUACUGAACACAAGCCACCCGUACCGGCUGUCUUCGUGUGGCCCACCCGGACUCCCGCCACACCUCGCUGGUGUCUCUGCCUGCUCCAUGUGUGGCCCACUCACUGCCCCUCCAUCGCGAGCAACCCAACGUUCCUACCAGCUCCCUCCGCAGGAAUGUG